AACAGGGCAGGGGCUCGCGACGGGCUCAUAUGACAGCUUGCCAAACAGUCACGUGAGAGGGGGAGAUGUUGCGGCGGGGCGCUCGAGCAGACUGACUUCCUACAGCAGCGAGUUCAAAAAACUAAACAAACUUGGAGAGUAGCCUAACGCUCAAAUUCUCUUCUAAAGUUAGCAGCCAAACUGCCUUCCCGCCACCUCACAGAAACAUUAGUUUCUCUGCUACAGCAGUGUACUAAUGUGUAGCCUAUCUCCGAAGCAAAGGCAACAUUGUAGCACCUUUGAAAAUGCUGACACCCGUGGUUUCAAUCACAAAGGGUACACUCGUUUCAAACGCCAACUAGUAAGCUGUCUGGAAGAACCGUGAAGAUAUAACUUAACCUCAUUUAAUGACCCAACAACUGUCCAAAAGCAGGAAAUGGCAAGUAAACGCUCCGCUAAGGGAAGUGCUAUUCCAGAAGCGUUUGCCUUAACAGUUGAGUCCAAGGCCGGUGAUGAGCGGAGGGAGGGCGCGGUUAAACCGGGCUCCAGUUCCACCUGGGAGGGGUUCAGGCGUAAGGUGUGUCUGCUGGUUCCGUUCCUGUGGCCCAAGAGCAGCACCAGACUCCAGGCUCUGGUUCUCCUCUGUCUCAGCCUACUGGGUCUAGAACGGUUCCUCAAUGUUCUAGUACCCAUUUAUAACAAGAAGAUAGUUAAUGAGCUGUCGGAGAAGGAGGCUUGGGGAACUCUGGCCUUCACCGUCUGCAUCUAUGUCCUCAUCAAGUUUCUGCAGGGCAGUGGAGCAGGUACGUCGGGCUUUGUGAGUAACGUGCGCUCGUUCGUGUGGACUCGGGUGCAGCAGCACACGUCUCUGCAGGUGCAGCUCCGUCUCUUCUCCCACCUGCACGCACUCUCUCUGCGGUGGCACCUGGGCCGCCAGACCGGGGACGUGCUCCGCAGCGUGGACCGAGGGACCGCCUCCGUCAACAACCUGCUGCUAUACAUUGUGUUCAGCAUCGUACCCACUAUUGCAGACAUAGUCAUCGCCAUCAUCUACUUCGUCUCUUUCAACGCCUGGUUCGGCCUUAUCGUCCUCAUCUGCAUGAUCCUUUACCUCACUCUCACCAUUAUCAUCACUGAGUGGCGGACCAAGUACCGCCGUGAGAUGAACACUCAGGACAACAUCGCCAAGUCCAAGGCUGUGGACUCACUGCUCAACUUUGAGACGGUGAAGUACUACAACUCAGAGAAAUAUGAAGUGAAAUGUUUUGAAGAGGCCAUCCUGAAGUACCAGGCGUGUGAGUGGAAGAGUAGUGCGUCCCUGGCGCUGCUGAAUGAGGUGCAGAAUCUCAUCAUCGGGGCCGGCCUGCUGGCGGGAUCACUGCUCUGCGCCCAUUUUGUUACCGUGGAUACCUUUAAAGUGGGGGACUACGUCCUGUUCAGCACCUACAUAAUCCAGCUCUACACCCCUCUCAACUGGUUUGGCACAUACUACAGAAUGAUCCAGAGUGCUUUUGUUGACAUGGAGAAAAUGUUUGAGCUGCUCCUUGAGGACCGAGAGGUGAAGGAUGAGGUCAAUGCUGGGGAUUUGCAGUUCCAAGAGGGGAAGGUGGAGUUCCAGAAUGUUUGCUUCAGCUAUGUUGAAGGGAAGGAGAUUCUGAAUGACGUCUCGUUCACCGCGCUGCCUGGACAGACUGUGGCACUGGUGGGUGUGUCUGGAGCAGGCAAAAGCACGCUACUUAGGCUGCUGUUCCGCUUCUACGAUGUGCAGUCAGGAUGUAUCCGACUCGAUGGCCAGGACAUCAGUAAGGUGAAGCAGAGCUCACUGCGCUCCUACAUCGGCGUGGUGCCCCAGGACACGGUGCUGUUCAACGCCAGCCUGCGGGACAACAUCCGCUAUGGACGCGUUGCCGCUAGCGACCAAGAGGUGGAGGAGGCCGCAGAGUCCGCAGAUAUUCACCAGCACAUUCUCACCUUCCCAGACGGUUAUGAGACUCAGGUGGGAGAGCGAGGCCUGAAGUUGAGCGGUGGUGAAAAGCAGAGGGUAGCCAUCGCCCGCACCAUCCUCAAGAACCCUCGCAUCAUCCUGCUCGACGAGGCCACCUCUGCUCUGGACACGCAGACUGAAAGGAACAUCCAGGCGUCCCUGGCCAAAGUGUGUGCAGGACGCACCACCAUCGUGGUGGCACACAGAUUGUCCACCAUCAUUGCUGCUGAUCAGAUCCUGGUGCUAAAGGAUGGCCAUAUAGCAGAGCUGGGAAGACAUGAAGAGCUGUUAGCAGCAGGGGGUCUUUAUGCAGCUAUGUGGCAGAAACAGCAGCAGCAGUCUGAAGAUAUGGAAGAGGCCAAGCAGAGGACACACUCACACACACUCACAUUCACAAGCAGAUGACACGACACACACUCAGUGAGUGGACCUCAGGGAGAAAAGACACUCACGCAAUGAGAAUCCUGUUACGCACCUGUACACUUCACACACACACACACACACACACACACACACACACACACACACACACACACUCACUCACUCACACAGGCACAGAGUGUGUGUGACUUCCUAACUUUUUUUUUUUAAUAAAAUGUCAUUAAAGUGCCAUUAAUUUCAGACAAAACGUUCCUUGGAAUGCUUGGUCUAACCACCUUGGGCCACCAAAGAAACAUGAGAAGACUCCGAAAUUCUGGAAUCUGGUCUUGACCAAUGACAUUUGAAGCUGCUGUGGAAACCUCAGAACACUCAACCAUGGUGAGAUCACAAUGGGCAGGUGUCCAAGACUACAGGGCCUAUCCACUCUCAUCCCUGACCGUUUCAUUCAUGUUUGAUUUCUGGAAAUUUCUCCACACACACACACCCUCUCAGCAGCUGUCAGAGAGCUGAAUCAUUCUGUCAGGAUGCGGGAUGCAUUAAUCCCUGUUCCGUUCAGUGCAGUGGGUGCUGUCUGGGACGUCUGGUUUUCCUCUGUUUCAUCUGAAAAGCCGACUCGCGUUGUUUCCAAGAAAGUGGAAUGCCAUUGCCUGACUUGGCCGGCAGACACCUUUUGUCAGCGUGAUUAAUUUUUCCUGCGAAACACCCAGCGGUCUGGACAGCGUUUGUUUUGAUAGAUAGCUUAAUUUGAAUUUAUUUAAUCCAAAACAGCUUUUUUAAUCAAGAGUUACACCGACAUGUUGGGGAAUCAGAAUGCCGUUCUCACACAGUAAGCAGAGAAUGUGGACGUUCUCAGAGUGUGUGUGUGUGUGUGUGAGUGUGUGUGUGUGUAUGUGUGUGUGUUCCUGUCAUGUGUUGUUGUUGUUGUUCUAUCAUGAGUUAUUGUUAUUUUUGACAGACUUUGCCUUAAGUGGCUGUUUACAUCAUUCCAGUUUACCUCCUCAAACAGUACAGCUCUGUUUGAAAUAAAGUGGAAAAAAUAUGUUUCGGUUAAGAUAUAAAAACAAAAGUUGCUUGAAUGUUUGAAGAUAUGUUAACGCCAGAGUGUUUGAGUUGAGUCUGUUGUGAGUCUUUGUUCAGGUCUGAGUGGAAUUGUUUAAGGCGAAGGGUGGACAUGAGUUUUCAAAACAACAUGGUUUGUCAUCUUCACCGUUUCGGAGAGGACUUGAGUUUGAAGUCAAACUAUUAUGAUGAGGCCUGUAUGUUAGUAAUUGCCUAUUCAUGAAUAAACUACACUAGAAUUCCGAAAUGUUAUCCUUUUGGUCUUCUGAAUCCCUGAACACUUACACACCCUUUUGUAAAUCUGCAUUACAAAUGUUUGCUUAAAGCAACACCAAAGAGCUUUUUGUACCUUAAAAUAAUGUUUCCAAAAUUGUUUCAGUGGUUCAUCAACUCGU